UCUGAACCCCAGCAGACCAGCACCACUUUCCCAAAAGUUAUGGAGAUCAUACGAGCGAAUGCUAAUCUCCGUGUCAUGUCUAGUUGAACGAGGACCUCCCUCAAAUGGUACAAGGUGUAUUCUCUGAACAAAUCGACCUCCAAAUUCAAGCUACGACAAAGUUCCGAAAGCUCCUGUCGAAAGAGCGUAACCCGCCCAUUGAAGAGGUCAUCAAGACCGGUGUCGUCAGCCGAUUCGUUACAUUCCUUCGAUCUCCUCAUACCCUUGUCCAAUUCGAGGCUGCUUGGGCUCUUACCAACAUUGCUUCUGGUUCGGCGCAACAAACUCAGGUUGUUAUUGAGUUGCUUGCAAGCCAUGAGCCGGAUGUCAGAGAGCAGGCUGUUUGGGCCCUGGGAAACAUUGCAGGAGACAGCCCGUCGUGCCGAGACUAUGUUUUGAGCUGUGGUGCUCUCAAGCCAUUGUUGAACCUCUUGGGUGACAGCAGAAAGCUGAGCAUGCUGCGCAAUGCUACCUGGACUCUUAGUAACUUCUGCCGUGGCAAGACACCUCAACCAGACUGGAAUACCCAGAUCCUUCCCGCUCUCCCCGUUUUGGCUAAGCUUGUCUAUUCUUUGGAUGAUGAAGUUCUGAUCGAUGCCUGCUGGGCUAUUUCAUAUCUGUCCGACGGAGCCAAUGACAAAAUCCAAGCCGUUAUUGAAGCUGGUAUUCCUCGUCGCCUUGUCGAGUUGCUUAUGCACGCUUCUACGUCAGUUCAGACCCCGGCUCUGCGAUCCGUUGGUAACAUUGUCACUGGAGAUGAUGUUCAGACUCAGGUUAUCAUCAACUGUGGUGCACUUCCUGCUCUCCUGUCCCUCUUGAGCUCUGGAAAGGACGGCAUCCGUAAGGAGGCUUGUUGGACCAUCUCCAACAUCACUGCUGGCAACUCCACCCAAAUCCAAGCUGUGAUCGAUGCCAACAUUAUCCCUCCUCUGAUCCAUCUUCUUUCGAAUGGCGACUUGAAGACUCGCAAGGAGGCUUGCUGGGCUAUUUCUAACGCCACGUCUGGAGGCCUUCAAAAGCCAGAGCAAAUCCGAUAUCUCGUCAACCAAGGAUGUAUUAAGCCACUGUGUGACCUCCUUGCCUGCCCUGACAACAAGAUCAUUCAAGUCGCCUUGGAUGGUCUUGAGAAUAUUCUCAAGGUCGGUGAGAUGGACAAGGAUGCAGCUGGUGAGGGACAAGAGAACAUCAACCGAUAUGCUCUGUUCAUUGAGGAAUGCCACGGAAUGGAGAAGAUUCACGAUUGCCAGACCAAUGCCAAUGAGGAAAUUUACAUGAAGGCUUAUAACAUGAUUGAGAAGUACUUCUCGGACGAGGAAGAUAUUGACGAGCAGGGAACAUCGACACUCGAGAACCCUACUGGUAAUUUCGGCUUCCAAGCCCCUCAAUCUGGGUUCAACUUUGGUGGCACCACCAAUAACGACUCCAUGGAUAUGUGAGCUAUUGGCGGUUCCAUACCUCACGACCUGCCCUAGCGCGCCCUUCCCCUUUGAGUCUACGCAUCAUAAAGCAUUAUAAUACAAAUUGCCCCCGCUGGUACCGAUUUGGGAUCCAGCACUGCAC